UUCGGUUGUGCACGCGCACGGGGCUGUGCAGAUCCCGAGCGCAGAGAAAGCGCGUGAAGAAGAGGAAGACAGUGAUGAUGAUGAACGGGACGGGCUCGUACGGAGCGGGCCGAACCGGGGCGGAAUUCGACCCCAUCACCUUCCUGAAGAGACCGCAGACCAUCCUACGAUUCCUGGCCUGGGUUUUCUCCAUGGUGGUGUUUGGCUCCAUAGUAAACGAAGGCUACGUGAACAUGGGCAGCGAGCGCCUGCACUGCGUGUUCAACAAAAACGAGGAUGCCUGUAAUUACGGCAUCAUCAUCGGCGUCUUGGCGUUUUUAGCGAGCCUGUGCUUCCUGGCUCUGGACGUCUACUUCCCUCAGAUCAGCAGCGUGAAGGACCGCAAGCGAGCCGUGUUGCUGGAGAUGGGCUUUUCAGGAUUUUGGGCGUUUCUGUGGUUUGUGGGAUUUUGUUUCUUGGCCAAUCAGUGGAGUCGCACCUCACCUAAAGAACUGCCCCUGGAGCAGGCAUCGGACGCGGCACGAGCCGCCAUCGCCUUCUCCUUCUUCUCCAUUCUCACCUGGGCGGCGCUGACGGUGUUGGCGGUGCAGAAAUUCCUGCUGGGGACCGACAUGACGCUCUUCACCUCCCCCGAAGCCCCCAAACAGCCGUAUCCUUCCAACGACGCCAUCCACCAGACCACCAUCGAAAAGAGCCCCACGCUGAUCGAGACGGUGGAGACACGCCCACCCGGCUACCAGAUCCCGCCCGCUUUUUAAUCUUCUAGCCAAUGAGAUGAAGAGGACUGAGUGGCUUCCCGUCGAGGGUCAGGUGCAGUACUGUUUUCAACGCAACCUUGUCGACUUCCCCUUCGCUAAUUCUGGGAGAAUCCACGCUAACGAUUCGUCUUUCAACAGCGGAAAGAAGGAGUUACACAAUCACACUGGAAUUCAUUACAUUCUAUCUGGGUUUGUCGUUUUAAUCUAGUUUACUGCUGUAUUACUUUAUCUCACUAACCUGCAGUCGGCAAACUACUAACUUAUAACGCUAACUAGAUAGCAAAUAAGCUACAUAGCACGCCCGUUAGAUAACAAUCAAACUACGAUGAAGGAGUUCGAUAACUAAGUGAAGUGCAGAAGUAGCACAGACUAGUUAAGUUCAUAAUGAUUUGCUGGAUUCAGGCUGGGUUUGGUGAAGAUAACCACUCUGUGCUAGUUUAGUUCUCUUUAGCUAACUUUUUAACCCUUAAUAAUCUCCUGUAUGGUUUAGUUUUUUAAUGUGGUAGUUUAGGACUUCACCGAGGUGUGUGACUUCUCUCUGGUAGUUUAUUAUUUAAAAGGAUCUAAUAGUUUAAUGUUUUCUUGAGGAAUCUGUCUAGUACUUUAUAAGUUCUCUAACGACUCUGUGGUAGGUUAGCGCUUUAUUAAGGCGUCUGAUCUCACGUAGUUCAGUAGGUUAUUUUAUCACUGAACUACUUCGGCUGUGAGGUUUAAAGUAAACUCUGUGCUAAUUUUGUUUGUUUCAUGGAGGUAUCGAACUACUCCAUGGUGGUUUAGUGUUACUGAGUUAUCUAACAAACACGCUAACCAGCUAGCAAACUGCUAACUUCUAAGAGAAGUAGAUAGCUUCUAAGCAGCAUUGCGUAACAUGGUAGCUAGUUACAGAGAGUAAAACAUGGAAACAUGACACCAUCCAACAGUUAUACUCAGAGUCACUCAGAUGAAGUUACAUUUGAAAAAACAAACAUGAAUAAUAUUUUAUUUUCUACAUUAAAUUUCAUUUCAGUAUCUUUGAGUAACAUCUGAGUAACUAGCAUGCUAACUAGUUGUCUUACUCAUGACCUGUAAUGAGAGUUAAUAAACUGCAGCACAGAGAACACAUCAACUGAACCUGCUCCUUACUGGGUGCUGUUUAACCACAUUAAAUAAGAUAGAGUAAAUACACACACACACUCACACACAGACACACACACACACAAACACACACACACACAUACACUCACACACACACACACACACUCACACACAGACACACACACUCACACACACUCACACUCACACACAUACACUCACACACACACACACAAACACUCACAGACACACACACACUCACACACAGACACACACACACAAACACACACACACACACAUACACUCACACACACACACACACACACUCACACACAGACACACACACACACACACUCACACUCACACACAUACACUCACACACACACACACAAACACUCACAGACACACACACACACACACUCACACACAGACACACACACUCACACACUCACACACACUCACACACACACACACACAAACACUCACAGACACACACACACACACACUCACACACAGACACACACACUCACACACUCACACACAUACACUCACACACACAAACACACACACACAUACACUCACACACACACACACAAACACUCACAGACACACACACACACACACACACUCACACACAGACACACACACACACACACUCACACACAGACACA